AUGAGAGCCUCACAGAUCUUAAGUUUUCAAGCAACUGCACAAACAGCAUUAAGGAGGCCGUGGAAAACUUUCAGAGAUGGGUCCUUAUACUAUGGUCAAUUAAAAUCAGGAUCAAAAAGACAUCCAUUAACUACAAAACAAGGGAAUAAACAUUAUUAUAAAGGUACAAGAUCAACUGGUAUAGGUCAUUUAGAUAGUCGAGGAAGAUAUCAUAUAGAUUGGAAUAAAGUAAGGACAUAUGUUGUUCCAGUUGGUUUGAAUACCACUGAUUUGAAACCAUUAGUAUCACCAAAUUCUCCACAAUUUAUACAAAAAGUUGAAGGAUAUGAUGAUAAAUUCAAAAGUCCUGAAUUAGCUUUACAUAAUGCUAUUAGAUUUGUUGAAAAUGGAAGUAAUUAUAGUGCAAUAGAUUUGGAAAAUGAAGGUUAUAUAGAAAGAAUUCAACAUCCAAAAUUAAAAGAAGCAGAUAAAAAGAAAUACUUAACUGAAACAGACUAG